CUAGCACUUUCGGCUUCAGAAAUCUGUCACUCGGAUUUGGGAAAGAUCAUUUUCAGUCUGUUGAACACGGGUUCUAUAACUCGGUUGCUUAUUAGUACUUCACAUGGCGAUCCUGAGAUACCGUCAGCUUUGUUAGGUUCCCUUUCAUAUUUUGAAGUUUGCAAAUGCAUUAUGGCAAUUGUUUAGAUAUUCGGAUAAUGCACAGAUGGGAACAGAUUAAAUCCGUUGACUAUAUGUAGUGAAAUAGUCUCACUGUGCCUAAACUUCCCCUGUGCUGCAGCAUUUUGUAUCAAGCCUGCCAACAUUGCGUUUUCAUCUUUCUCUUGUAAUUGGCACACGAAAGAGUUAAUUGUGUUCCUCCGCUUUGACAUGGGACAUUUGUCUCCUGUGAACGUGCUGAAAAUGAGUCUUUCAAGUAAAAACCAAGGACAUUAAUUACUCGAAAGUUGGGUGAUUGGCUUAUUUAAUAACACUUGUAUUCAGAUAGCGUUCUUGACCUGAUUCUUUAAUGUUUCUGCAAACAUUGUUCAUACUUUAUUAAUAACAACUAUAUGAAACGUGUAGUGUUUUAGAAGAGUGGCCGUCUUUGGGAAUUACGGCUUUAAUUUGGAUGGGUGAAGGAGGGAGCAUCUAUGGAUAUGCAGGCCUCGUUUUUCAAUAAGAAGCAUUUGAGUGGAUUCGACAGCCUUCACAGCCGUGGAUUACCACAAAUCUUUACAAGUAUGAAAUAUAUUACUAGUAACAAAUAACGUAUGCUUUCUGACUUCUUCAAGAUGAUGUUUUCAGCCAAAAAAGAGACUAGAGACCAGCACGCGCUGCUCCUGUGACGGAGUUUAACCCAGCGGUGAGCAGAACUCUGCAGCCAUGGCCGGUCUCUCCAUUGAGCUGCUGAUGGUUCCUCACCAUGGAGCGACGGUCGAUGCAGAGGAUGCAACCAGUGUCAGAGCCUUCCUGAGGCCCAAAGGAGUGAUACCGACAUGCAGUGAACGUGUAUGAGAUCAUUGCAUCUUAUCUUUUGUGUCUGAGAAUAUGCAGCUGGGAAAAACUACUGAGCAGAAGCUGAUACUUUUUUCUUUCCAUCAGGAAAAAUACUCAUUUCUCAGGGGUGAAGUUUUCAGUGUUUUCUCUGGGGUUUUUGUGUGACUUUACGAUUGCACUUUGGGUGUCAGAGAAGAAACUGUGUUCUCCCUCAAGAUACUUGAAAAUUGCCACUUUUGGUUUCUGUCACGCAAAACCGCGGGUCCUCACUGUGCACUCAGUAUAGCUCGUAGCUUAAAAGCACGAGCACAUCGCAACUAUAUUUUGAACAAGACUUGUAAAAAAGAUCAUCAAGGUAAGGUCCAGGCCAAAAGACGUGAAUUGAUUUCAACAGAUUUGGCAAGAUUUGCCUUUUUUGGACCUCGCUUCUGACCACGUGCAAAUCUCGACAAAUCUGUGAGAAGGGAGACUCUGUAGAUCAAGAAUGUCGUGUUUCUUUUUAUAUCUGUUAAUAUUAAAAGCACAUAAGGCCUGCCAAUCUGGAGUCCAUGUGAACAGUAACGUUGGGAGGCUCUCACCAGUGCAGUAACACGUCCCAGCGAGUCGGGUCCUGCUCCGCGCUCCCAAAGCUGCAGCUCCAGCUCUCCCUGCGGCGCCGAUCGCUGGGUGAAGGACGUCGGGCUCUGGCCUCUGCUUCUUGCAGCUAAAACGUAAGAUCACCUUCUCCUUGUCCUGAUCGUGCUCAACAUGCGGUGCUGCCGGUGACGGAUCUGCAGCCCGUGUCCAAGCCGAAUUCUCCUGUUGGAGUGGCAGCUUUGAGAACUGUCGAAGGCAAUGCUUAUUUCCAGUUUGACUGCCCAGCUCUGCCUGUCCCUGUCGUCUCUUCAUGGGCAUUGAAGCCUUUCAGCUGUUUCUGGACAAAGGGAGGAAAAAAACCUGACCGCAGAGAGAUCAAGAGUACAAAAUCCUGCCUCUUGUUGAAUCACCCCGUUAACGCAGAGCGGACGAGUGCCUGAGAUCUGAGACUGGGUUUGGUUUUCGAGGGGUCCCGGAUGAACCCGUGGCAGAAUAAGCCGGUAGCACUUGGAUCGAAGACUCAGCAACCAGAUGGGCUGCGCUCUCUGGAUAUAGCGGAGGAAACUGGACUGAACCACCAAAACCUCAGAGUGACCAAAAAGCUCGUGGCAGAAGGAGCUCUGGAAGAUGACACCAAAGCCACCAUGUGGGAUCUCGGCAUGGAGAAGCAUCCUGGAGAAGAAAGGAUGCUUGAGGAGCUUCCUUUUUUCACUGAGCUGAUCAAACCCUUCAGAGAUGGACCUUUCCCAUUAUUAUUUUUGAAUACGGCCCUCACCAACAUCAUCCUUGCUGUUCUCUUUGGGAGAAGGUUUCAUUAUGAAGACCCAACGUUUCUCAGUCUGUUAAGACUCAUAGAUGAAGUUACGCACCUUCUUGGCUCUCUGUUCUUGCAUUUUUUUAAUUUCUACCCAUUCCUUGGAUUUCUCCUCAAACCUCACACCACCAUCUGAUCCCUGGGAGAGACCCUUGUCUGCUGUGCCAUGGGGAGACUUCUGUUCCCUGCGUACCACUCGAUUCUUCCAGGUUAAUGGUGCUUUACCUGCCUCUCCCUGCCUUCCCUGAAGAAGACCCCGUCCUGCUGCCACCACUUCUCAAGAGCGACAUUGCCAGCAGGUGAUGCUUUGGGAGAGCAAGAGGUGAGAGGUGUAGGGUCCAAGGCACUAAGCUGAUGCAUGGCACCAGCAUCAGGGAAACUGUAGUGCCUACCUUCCCGUCAGCCUCUGCAAGCAAGGGUUGAGGACAAGCGAAAACCCAAGGCUUCCUCCAGGACUGACUCGUAGCCCAUAGCUGAGCACAAAGGGAAAGCUCUUUGCCUUGGAGAAACCACUCUGCAGACAUGGAGGGUCUCCUGUUAAGCUGGUUUUUACUGGGAUAAAGGUAUGCAGAACAUCUCACCUGUGACAUAUCAUUUUCUGCAAACAAUUUUGGAGUCAGCAAAUCGGCAUUUUCUGAAGAAAAAAAUAGUUUAAUGGGAAAAGUCGCGGCCAUUGUUACUUAACGGCUCCUAUGGAUUUACAGCUUCGGGUCACCUCUGUGCGGCUCAGACUUGGGCUGAGACGGUAAGUGUGAAAGGACUGAUAGUGCAAUACUGACAGUCUCCCACGGGGAUAUUUGACGUGUCAGUUGCCUCUGAAAACUGCUUUUCUCCCCAUCGAUUCCUUUUGCUUAUGUAGCGAUAAAUUAAUCUGUUGAUAUUACGGCUAGAUAAUUCAGUUUCUAAUUGUAACCCAGACUUUGGCCUGUGACCAGCAUAUAAAGACGCCUUUUGGAUGCUCAAAGCUAAAGCCUCAGCUGCAGCAGAGGAUGGAAAAACAAGGCAAAAAGGCCUCAAAUACUAAGGGAUGGAGACUUGCCUUGGAAAAACUACAAGGGUUUUCUGUGGGGUGAAUUUUUAGGCUCAGCCUAUUGCUUGUGCCUGAACCUGUUUCGCACUGGUCCACCCAAGAGGCAAAGCACGGGACACCGAUGGUGUCCAAAAUUGUGGCACCCGGCAGUGGGAGAAAGGGAGACACCCCGCAGCUCCAAACAGCCAAACCAGUUAGUCCAAAGUCCCUGAAACCAUGGGGAAGGUUUGUAAAAGCCCCUCUCAUAGACAUGUUAUGGAAAUUAACCCCAAAAUUGCCACGGUGCUUUUAAAAAUCCCACUGCUUACCCUCGAAUAUUUAGGAUAUGGAUCAGCUGUAAGUGCAUUAGCAAAAAUGAUGAAAAGCCAGGAGGUAUUGCAUGCAAGUGAGGAAAGCUGAAUAUUUUCUGUCAGUUUGGCUCCGGGAGGGUCCAAGGGGAUGUUUAAAAGCCAGGCUCCGGGAUGCACAGUUAGGCUGGCCUAAGCGACGCUGUCACCCUCCCUCCCGCCCCCGCUCAUCGCUCUAGUACCGUUUCCGUUCUGAAUUUGGUCAAAUAUUGGGAUGGAUGGUCUGUCUACAAACUCCUCUGUGUAGUUCACAAGCGCGUCCCGCACAACUUCGUACCCGGUCAGGACCACAACUUUCUGGAACCCAAAGUGGAGGGUGAAGAUGGGGCCGUAUUUUUCCGCAAGCUGCAAAAAGAGGCGAGCUGUGAUGGUCAGGAAGAGAGGGAGAGAGCACGGGACGAGCGCCCGUUGCUUUCUGAAAGGACAUUACGUCCUGGCAUCCUGCUGGGAACGGCUGCGGAGCCGCUGCCUGCAGAGCGGUGCCUGAGAGCUGGAGCUCAUCACAGUCAAACAUGAGGCGUUUUUGUACGGAUGCCUGACUGGCAUCUAUAUGGGUUUUUGGGCUUCUUGCUGUGAAAGAGCCCCCACCGUCAUCAGUGCGUUACUAAUCUGGUUUUGCUGUUAAGGAGAAAGUAAAUUAAAAACAAACAGAAAAACCACGUUGAGUUAAAGACCAGACCUCAAAUGGCAACACAAGUUGACAAACUGGAGAAAGGUGAAAAUGGAGAAGUCAUUUCAAAGCAAAUAACGCUGCUGCCACACAGGAAAGCGUUGGUGCGAUGCUCCUCUCAUACCAAAGCGCUUUGCAUCCCUGCAGACCAGAGGAGCUGUUUACCCCAUGCUGGGAAUUUAGUUGGGUGACCACAAGUAGCAAAUCCAUGCCCCUCUGCUCAAAUCUGGCUUUGAUACCUACAGUUCAGCUGGGCACAGGCAGGGAAACCCACAGCAGGAGGCUGUGCGAACCGCUGGCUGUCCCCAGCGUACACCAGGUGAUGCUCGUUUUGCACUGAGAAGGCUCUGGAUUUAUCUUGGGCAUGAUACAGAGAGGCUCUUUCUCUGACGUAUAACCAAGGACAAGUUCUCUGCAGUUCCUCACCAAAGCUGUGCCUUGGUGGGUGGUUUUUAAGGGGCUGAAAAGUCCCUCCAGGAGCAUGCGGUCCCGCUGGGGUGUCCUGCGCGUUCCCCGGAGCCGCUGCGCUCUGCGCAGGUCCCGCUCCUCUUUGCCGAGGAAAGGGCUCUGUGGCAGAGCGCAGCAAGCCGAUGGGGGGAUAUCCAUGCUUCGUAAGGACCAUCGUGUGCGUACCUGCCGCUACACACCUGCGUUUUACAGAGGUGAGGCUGCCUUGCCCCCCACCCCUUGCCCAGGUGCCUCCUUGGUGCUGCACGGGGGACCGCGGCAGGCUGCCCGCUCCUGCCCCACCGCUGCGGCUGCAUCUUGAAAGCAGCACCUGGGGACAGCUGAGAAGGGUUUGGCCUGGGUGCAGCGAGCUGAUGGGAAGCCACAGUCCCGAUGUGCUGCCUGAGCAAGCACAGCGUGGACGAUGCAGCCUCAACCCGUGCGGGGUCCACCUGCAGCUUUGGCAGCGGAGGGGGGACCCCAGCAGGGUCCCAGCCAACAAGUUGCUGGUGGCUGCUACUCAGUGCAAUGGUGAAUUUUUGCUCUCUGUGGGGUGAGAUGGAGGGAUAACCCCUCUGGAGUAACCCUGAAGUAAAAGCAAACAUAGGCAACACCAAAUAUAGCCCAGCAGGUGAUGAAAGCACGCGGAGGUAAUUCCAAACCGCCGCUCAGCGGCUGCAGCUACACCUGCCCAGCCCCACUGGGUAAACUGACCCCAACCCUGACACUGCCCGUGACAACACCCGGUGUGGGGAGCGUCCUCCCGCAGCUGCUGAGCUCCGGCGCUACCGGUGCCGUGUCGGCACCUGCUCGGGAUCCGCCGCCGCCUGUUUGCUCCCCGCUGCCUGACCCCGGUGGGUCCCGAGGCUGCUGUCUGCGCGGCGGCAGCGCCAGCAGCCCGGCACAGCACCCCGGGCUGCACCAGCCGCGGCUCGCACCCACGGGCGCUUUGACAGAGGGGUAAGUCCUCUGAAUUACAGGUUCAUACAAGAGCUUACGGGCUAUUCGUUCUGGUUCCUUAGCGCAACUUCUCCAUCCCUCUCCCGUAUUGCCGUCUAGAUUUUAACGUGUAUCCUGCUCAUCCAGAGGGCAGUGGAUUUUGCAACGGGGCAUCUGCCCUCUCUGAAGCAGUUUUGGGAUCACCGCAUCCCCUUGCCGGUUCUCCAGGCGGAGGGGAGGGAAGCAAUUUCAUUUCACAUUAGUUACAUCCUAAUGCCUUAAAAGAUUUCUGGGUGUCCCGGCUGUCAAAUUAAUAUUUCAAAUCCCACAAGCAUUAUGUACUUCAUGUACAUCACCACAAUUACAUGAAGAAAUCCCGUAUUACCCAGAGGUCUUUUUUUAAUGGUUGUUCGCUCAGAAAUGACAUUGCAUCAGCACAGGCAUUGGCUAGAAGAAGCCCAGAAAAGUAUUAUAAAGCAAUUUUCACACCUUUACAAUUUAGUUGGAAUUAAAAGAGACAAAAGUUCUCACUGAUGUAUCCCAGGCAGCUUUCAAGUCUAUGAGGGUCUGGGUUUGGGGGUUUUUGUCCUACCUUCAUUAGUGAUUUAUCUUGCCUUCUAAGAUCCACCAAGUGCAGGUUACCAAUGAUCGGAAGAGGAGUUGGACCAGGAGGAAAUUUAAAAGCUGAAUUUUUAUAGCCAGCUGAAAAAUAGAGUACGGCUAAUAAUACUGUUGCACACAGCAGGCAAAUUAAUGCAGGAUCAGAGAUAUAUGAAAUUAAAAAAGACAUUUUUUUAGUAAUAAUCUGGAUUUGGGGGUUGGAAGCAAUAGCAGUGCAGUGGCACCGCUCGGUUUCUGCCAGCUGGCUCUCUGUUUGCUCUCUGCGAUUGCUACAAGCACUCGAUUCUUAUUAAGGUUUGUAGAGUACCUAAAUAAAUACUGCAUACUCCACCCUCUUUAAACACCUCAGAGAAUGUGGUCUAAGCAGUUUGCAAAGCCUGUCCAGAAGUAAAGAGAGUUUCAAAUUACAAACCCGUGCAUGUGUGUGCAAGAACACACACAUGGGAAAAGGUGCUUGGCAUUCCUCCGUAACCUCCUCCCCGGGACCUCAAGGUCCUUUAUGCGCAGUACUAUGACCCUCCAAACACUCUGCUGACACGGGGAAAUAAAAAGGUGUAUUUGAAUGCUACUAGAAACCUCCAGAUUCGGAUUUGGGUAGGGUUUGAGGUCUCCGUGUUAUUAGAGAGGAAAAAUAGUAUUGUUACGGGAGAUUUCGGCUUUCUCGAUGUCAAGUAGAGAUCAAAGGUUGUUAAUAAUGGUAAAGCCCGUGUAUCCCUGGGGCUUGCAGCCCACAAACUUCUUCAUAAAGUCGGCUCUGAACUGCCCAGAAGGGAUGUGAGUUCAGACCUCGUGUCUGAAGUUGAGGACAUGUAAUAGCUAGCCACAGAACAUUAGCUUGGAUCAAGUGAUCAUGAGUGGGUUCAUAAGUGGAAUGGAAAGACAAAAUUAGAUUUGAAACUUCUGGGAGGAUUCUUCAUUUUGGAAGAGCAGCUUCUAAGAGACAGAGGGAAGAAGUUAAUGAAGUUAAUGAAGCCAGCGGCUUCAGAAGGGGACCAGGACAGGAGAAUGGAAUUAUUUUAAGUCAAAGAUACACAACACCUGGAGCUUGCAUCCCUCAGGUUUAAAUCUUGUACAGAAAGAAUUGAAAUCUACCUGGUUGAAUAGUGGUUUUCAGGAUAUUGGAAAUAAACAACCAGCGGAACAAGAUUGUACAGGGAAGAAAGAGCUCUCCUACGGGAUCAGGAAGCGCGAGGCUAAAGGCGCAUUUAUCCAAAGGUUAGAUCAUAUAAAGGCCAUUAUUCAGCAAAAAUGAGUCCUCUGCCUUGCAAAUGCCAAGAAGCCGGGGAAGGAAGCGGACCUGAUGUGACGCAGGGCAUCGCUCUGGUUAGCCGGGAGCUGCCCGCCUGGUGCGGGAUGCCGCAGCACAGCAGCCGCCCAGAAGCAGAAGCAGCCAGUGUGUUGCCACAUUUCUGGGAUUUUUUUUCUCUUCUCUUUUUUUUUCUUUUUUAUUAGUUUCCAAGAAAUGGGCUGGAGGCAGCGUUUUCCCCCAGAGCACGCCUGGCUGACUCAGCCCUGCCUGACUCAGCCCUGCCGGCUCCCAGGAGCAGAAAGGCAGCAGGGCUGUAGAGACAGGCGGGAGGGCUCGGGGCAGGCGUGGGGUGCGGAGUGUGGGCUCUGCCAUGGGAAUUGCGAUGGCACAUGCAGAGUGUUUGUUCCUGCAGGGUUCUGUUCGACUGGCAGCAUCCCGCAGCGCUAAAGUUACGUGUUGCUGCCGCUCUCCUGGUAUUUCAUCCAUGCCCUGGGAGUUGCUCAAAUCAUAAAAAGGCCUUUCAGAAAGAGACUUAAAUUCUCUCUGAAAAGCCAAGGGGGAGUGUAUUGUUGUUUGGUGUUUUUUUAAAACCAGGCUCUGAGUGCAAUGCAUUAAAAUGACAAAGGUAAGUCAAGCUCUUGCGAUGACAAGAAAUUCCUGUCUCAAUAAUGUGUCUGGUACGUGUUUCUCUCUGCAGCCGCGCUGCUACGUGCUGCCCGGGCUGAGCACACGGAGCCGAGCACAAAGCAGCUGCCAGGCGCUGACAGCGCGCGGGUGCGUUCCUGGGGCGGCCAGGUCGUCCCCAUCCCUCAUGCCCGCGUGUCAGUCCCCGCCACAGCGUGUGAACCGGGUGGUGCUGGUGAGGACAUGGAGCACGAGCAUCAUCCAUCACCCCGAGCGCAGGCGGUGCCGGUCAGCCAGCGGGGGACAGCCGGCCAGCAAAGCACCAGCCCUGCAUCCUUUAAGUUAACAUAAAUCCCCUCGAAAUCUGUGCCUUCCCAGCCAGUCCCAUUCUUGACCAGCAGUGCAUCCAGGGCUGUAGCCUCAGAUAAUUCCUGCUGCCUUUUAGUGUCUUGAGUUCCUUUUAAGCAGGUGGCAUAGGAGUCGCUGUAAGAGGGCACAUCAGAGCCACGUCCUGUCUCAGACAGCAGUUGUGAUUUGUCCUGAGUUAGAAACUGAGUUAUUUCCUUUGAGCUGUGUGUGGCUAUGAGCAUCGCUCACUCUUUGCAUUGCUAAACAUGCCCUGGCUACAUGUUGCCCAGGGAUCCCUGUGCUCACCUCUCCAGUCUGAGUAUACUGAAGGUGGUGCAGCCCGACUUUAUCAGUUUGACCCAAAAUCAACUUCAUCCUGCAGCACCAGGUAAGGUCAACAGCAACAGAGCAAAAUAUUUAUUUAUUAAGUAGGAGAUAAGGUCAGGCUUGCAGUAGUUAAACUGCAAAUAUAUCAAGAGCCAAACAAACGUAAGCAAGUGUAGCAGCAAAGGCUUUCCUGUUACAUGGCCUGUCAGGCAGACUCCUGGAGAUACAUCCUGGAGCUGGAGUUGGCCCUACAGUGUGAUACCGGUACAAGGUACAGAACAACUGCUAGAGUGCUGCCUGUAGUUGUGUGAACUAAAGCCAGUGUGAAGAGUCUGUCUUGGCCAAAGACCGCCCCACUUUGUCACCCUUCGUAUUCUCUUCCUCCUUUCUUUCCUUGCAUUUGCAGCACAGAUCGGCUUUAGAUGGUAGCAACUUAAGUUUUAUGUUAUAGAUUUACCAUAACUGCCCACUUAGUCUCUGUAACUUUCCGUUUCUCCUUUUCUUUUCAUCCUAACCCACCUUUCUUGCCUCCAACACAAAAGCAUCUCCAGUGACUCACUGCCCCUCACCCACGUGUGCUUUCCUGCCUGUUUCGCGUGACGCAGCCUCUGCUCUCGCACCUGCACCGCCGUCCAGGUUGCACACACGGAUCACACUUCCCUCAAUGGAUGUAGCCUUGUGGGUACAGCUGGUUAUUCCUACUCCUAAUGGCUGCUACAUGAAAUAAAUCAUUAAUUGUAGUAAUCAAAGAGCUGCUCUAGGACAAACGCAGUCUCUGGGGUGUCACCAGCUUUCUACAGGGACCCCCAUAUGACAAGUUAAUGGUGCAGGUGAGCGACUUGGUAACAAAGAUGAACCUGCUUCUCCUUUUGGACUCUAUGACCAGUUUGACAUGUAUUUUCACAGUGACUACAUUCAAAAUUCUAUUGCCUUUGACAGGGAUGCAGGAUCUCUGCUGGCAGAACACAGGCAUUAACAGGUCUGAAUUUUAACUUCGGUUCCUACAUAAGUGGCCAAAGCACUUUCUGCAAGUGUCAAGGUUUUACUCAUAGCUGUUGUUGUGACAGCCCUGCUCCUGCUGUGUGCCGAGCACGUGUCACUAACGUGGGGGCCCGUGGCAGCGGUGUUCGCUCAGCAGAGCAGGUCUGUUACUCUACCUGGAGACUUUGCUGCCCGUCCCCGACACAAGUAAUGUCUGGAGACAAAGGCAGCUUGAAAUACCAGGAGCUGCGUACCCAGUGUAGAGCUGAACACAGUGACAUUUUCUAAAGAGCUGAAGCUCCAUUUCCAGUCAAAUGGAAAAUAUUGUCCCUAUUCAUCCCAACACACCUGAGAUUGAAGUUUGAAUGAUGGUUCACCCUGCAGUCAGUAAGACAGUGAGCAAUUCAGACCUUACGGCAGUUGAAUCAUUUACUGAAGGAUCCUCUCUGUGGAGGGCAGAGAGGAUCUGGAGAGCAACUCCAGCUCCUGAGGUGCAGGUGGAGGGGAGGGCUGAGCCUGUCUGUGUCUGAUGGAGCGUGGCAGUUCUGCUGCCACCACCUCGGGCUUGUGUCUGGCUUUAGCCACCCUGAUCAGAAGCCCUUCACUUUGUGGCUGGUUGUUUUCUGCCAGUUUAGGGAGCUAAGAUGGCUCGGUAAGGGACCAGACAAGUGCCAGAGCCAGCGUGAAGCCAGGAGAGGAGAGGGAGUGGUAGAAAAGCCUUUCUGAGCAGCAGCAGCAAACUGCUGGAUUGGCCCCAUCAUAAAUGGGCUCUUCAGCAUAAAGUGCCAAGUGUGAGUUGGAACGAACCCAUUUCCCAAACCACUUAGAUGUUUUCUGAUAACUGUCCUGUGCCUGGCUCUUGGCAUCAGCCCAUGUUACACCCUCAUGUCUAGGACUCUGUAAUAAAGAUAAGGCAGGUUGUGUCACACAAUGGAAGCUCAGUCUGGGGCUCAGCUGAACAACCGUCCUGGGGAGAUUUCUAGAUCCAUUAAGUGUCUGUUGUCUCCAUCUGGGCUAUCAGUAAUCAGCUCUGCUAUAGAGCUUGGUCUUUGAGCUGAGAAAUUCCCCAUGGAAGCUCUCAGGGACACCCUCUGAUGGGUGACAUCUACAGAGGAGGCUUGAAGACAUUUCAUUCUUUCAGACAGCCCUGAGAACGGCAUCUCUGAUGUGCUGUUGCAGGAAUGAAUCACACUGUUUCUGAGAGCGGUGCUCAGGGGUGUCCGAAGGGUUUGCAUUAUACAGACACCACAAGAGCUGUUGGAAAGAAUGGCAUGAAUGAGAGAAAACCAGCAGUGCUUGGUGUCUUCCUUCCCCUAAGGCUCAGGUACAGACAGCUUUUUUUCCCCUGUAACUAGACUUACUAUCAAGCUUGAAGCGUUCACUACUCUAACUCCAUGUUGUCUGAUCAUUCAUAGGGCACAGCACAAACCAGGUGAGGCAUGGGGGUCAAGGUAAAGCCCACGUCAGCAGUGAGAUCCAGGUCUGACUUAUCCACUCCUGGAGCAGGUUGGAAAACAAACCUGCGCAGCAAGCCCGUGAAGAAGAGGAACAGCUCCAUUUUGGCCAGUCCUUCUCCAGCGCAAGCCCUUCGUCCUGAAAACAACCAGGAGAGAAGUAAAUGGUCAGCACCACGACCGUUAGCGUUGAUGUCUGAGACCGUCUCAGCUGGAUGCGCAGUCCAUAAGAGAUGGCUGGAAGGUUUGGGAUGAUCUCCUCCUCAGGUGUGCUGAGUGGUUACCUAUUCCACCCAUGUGGGACAUCUCGACAACUCUAACCAGCAGUUUCGGUGGAGCUAUGGAUCGAGUACAGCACAGCUCCCCGAGCUGCGCGUUUCCCCCCUGCCUGUCGCGCAGACCCUACCUCUGUCAGCGACUGGAACGGCUUUUUCAGGUCCACCACGUUCAAGUUCCCGAUCAGAGGAAGAGGCCGUGGGCCGGGAGGCAGACUGCGAACCGGCUUCUUUGAGCUGGGGCAGAAUUAAGGGACAGGACCCGCGCUGGAUCGCUGUCAUGGUGCCAGGUCACAGGACUCCGCUGGACCACUGGUGAUGCAAUGGAGGAAGCAGGAUGCAGGUGGGAAAGGCCACGACAAUGCUUGGCCGCAGGGGCAGCUGGCAAGGAAGUCCUUAGGGAAGACAAGGCUGAGCAAGGAGGUGCUGGAAUGGUGGUGGAAUGGUGUGCUAAUUCAGGACUGCAGAUGGGAGUAGGUCCACCUACAGGUAACGGCUCUGCUUCUCUUUGCUUUCUUGCCACUUCAAUAAAAUCACAUCCUUGAGCAAUGCAGUGUUUUCAUUGCUGACACUGUUAUUGAUCUUUGUUCCCAAAAUGCCCCUGAAACCACUUCAGCUGCUAUUUUGCAGGUUGCUGUCCACAGAAUGGAUGUCCAUCUGUGUCUCUGUGUUCGGUGACGACUCCUUCCCGGCUGUCCUGUCUGUCCGUGAGCAGAUGCAUGCAAUCUUCUAAGAGAAACCAUCCCCUCCAGGCAGCACUCCUGCCUAGAUUGGGAAAGAGAUCCUGGAUCUGUCACACAAUCCUGGACGCAGCGCGAGGUGCCAGCUUGCAGGUGAUACAUCCCACACAGGACUGGAGAGAAAACCUUGGUCCCUGCUCAAGUGUCUUUGUCUUUCUACCAGCCCAAGCCUGAACCGAUACCAUCUUCAGGUAAGCAGAUUUUGUGAGUGUGGCUCAGGGAAAUAAUCAUUUCCGCCUCGAAAAUGAGCCUGUACAUUAAACAGCCACAGUCAUCUAACUCCUAUGUGCUCCUCUGGAGAAGGACAUAGAAUCUUCUAAUGGGACACAGGUUAAUAGCGCUACAGUAACAGUAGGAUAAUGCAGAGAAAGAGCUGUUAUAAGGCCAUAAUUCAGUCAAUGAGCCCUGAUAACAUAAUAAACCAUGAGAGUGAACACCAAGUGAGUGUGCGCCUUGCGAGGCUCUGCAACUGAUUUACAACCUCGAGAGAUGCCUAUCAGCCCGUGCAUUGUUAUCAGGGACAUAUAAAGCAUGAGCACACCCUAUUAAACAUUAACAUUUUUAAAGACUCAGAUGUGUUAAAACACAGGCUGCUCCUUGCUAAUGGAUUUUGCUCACCUUGACAAAAUAAAUCAAAAGCUUUUUGACUUUGACCUCUUUUCAUUUUUCAUAAUUAUUGCAUUGCUGUAUUGGAUUACACCCAUUUCUUCCCAUCCUGCAAAUCAGUAUUUCUGCAGGAUCACUACAGGGUACUCAUCAGUAUUUCAAGUGUUCUCAGUGCUCAUUUUGAUACAAAUAACUUGUACUGAAUCUCUUCUCGUUUAUCUUUCAUAUCAGUGUGUGCCGCACAUCUACUUUGGAAAGAAAAAGUCCUAAAAAUAGUUUUAAAAAUCAUUAUUUUACUGCAAAUUUUCACUAAAAGAUUCUUUCUUCUUCCCAUAUUCUGAGCUGGAGGAUGGUGUGUGAUGGGUCCAGCCACUGCAAGAAGAAAAUCAAAAAGCUGACAGUAUUUCCCACUCCCGUUCAACAUUUACCCCUUUAGCAGCAAACCGUUCUCAGAACUUUGUUGCUUUUAAAACCCUUGUUCUUGGAUAGAAUAGAUGUCCUUCCUUUGUGAGUCUCACUCAGUGACCCAAUACAUGGGAGAUCCUGGGAUUUGGUGCUGGUUUUGUACUUUAUAAUAUACAUAUCUAUAAGAAUAUUUGCAAAAAAUUCCACCGUGACUAUAGGCAGAAGCACCAUUUCCAGACCCCCACUUGGGCCAACAGGCCAAGGCAGCCUGACCGGGGAAGGCCGUGCUGAGGAGGUCACGUUAUGAAGAAUCUCUUCUCAAAAUACAGCUGAGCAGAUCAAAUGCCUCCACGUAGCUCCAAGGAUCCUUCUGGGUCUCUCUCUUCAGUCUAUCUCAACACAGUAUUGCAAAAACUACAGUACUCCAAGGGCAAUUUGGGGCAUAUCACGAAGGAUAAUUAGUUGGUAGGUACCUAGAGAGCCGGGGUCCCAGCGUCUUAUUUUUGGUCCCCCCAUCUGGAUGCAGGUAGAGACGUGGAUUUAGAUGCACCACAACUGCAAUGAGCAAUGUAAGAAAAGAGCAGCGCUGCCAUUUCUACCCCAUUCCCCUCUAACCCGAUGAGGCUUUGGCUUAGUCAUAACAGCAAAUGAGUUAUCAUUCUGUACAUCUUUAUAGAGCACAUAAACAUACUAAGGCCCUGACCUUACUGGCAUGAAACUAUGAUUUCCCUGUAAGUGCAAAACAAUAAUCUUUCAUUAAUCAUCCACAGCAGAAAUCCCCGCUCCCCAGACUAUUCUGGCAAUAUUCUGCAUUUUUGCUUGUCUAGGAACCUGAAUUAAAACGGAGAAAAAUGGUUUACAAGAGCCUGUGGCGGUGAUGUAGCAAGAGACCUUAUGUAAGAGCUGGCCGGGCCAGGGUGAGGCGGAGGAAUGAGGGAUCCUGGAAGGAUGUUUCUCUGAGGUGUGUUCUGCGCCUGGGCUGGGAACAGCCGUCUCAAGGGCACAAAUUCCAGCGUCUGAAUGUGCUUGGUCUUGUUCAGCUGAUUAAUUUCUGACAUCCCAAGUCAAGCUACAAAAUCCCCCCGGUACUUCACCCAAAGCCCUUCAUGGCUUGUCAAUAAAAUAUUUUCAAAUGAAGUACCUGAUCAUUUGGAUCUGUAGGCUCUUAAAAGAUGCAGCAUGGCGAGAGAGAGAAAAUAAUGGAAGUCCUGGGCUUGACCCUGCCCAUAACAAGGAAUAAAGGUUCUGCUCUUACACAUUAUUCAAUAUGGUGUUUCCAAAAUAAUGCAAAGUGUGCAAAGCCUCCUCCCUCUGAACAUACAUUUGCACAACUGACGGAUAAGCACCAGCAGUGGAAUAAGUUUUCGGUGUGAUCUGACAACACUGUAAGAGAGCAAACAUUUAAAAAAUGUUACUUUAGUCCAUGAUUAAUGACUCUUUAGUUUGUUAUUAAUGACUAACAGCUCUGAUUCAAGCAAAGGAUUUCUUUUUUAAAUCUAUCAAGGUGUGUCGCUUGGAAAGGGAAGAUCUGAGAUUUCCCCUAGGUUGGGGAGCCUUCUGAUUUCUGGAAAGGGCUCAGGACUCCGAACAAAAGAUACUGUAAAACACUGGAUGCUUUACAGUUUAUCUGAUCUCUCUUGUACAAUGGGCACCUUUUUACUGAAGCAGCGAUUCCAGACUCCCCCGGUGCCGAGAAAGCCUCUCACUCCUUUGGAAGACAAUACGUGAAAAGCAUUUAAUUCUGUUUGUGGCGCUGCUCUUUGUGGCGCUGCUUUUAUUGAAUUUGUUUGGAACUGGAUGGCUUAAUCUGCAAAUGAGGUUUUCUUUUUCUUCACAUAAUUAUCUAAUGGGGGUUGCAUUUGAUCUCCUUGGGAAAAAUACAUACUAAACUACUAAAGCACGUGUGUUAGAUCGUAAGACAAACUGUACCUUUAAAGGAAACUCUAGAAGAUACUACUGACAUUUGCAAUGAAAAACAUUAAGUAAGCAUAACCAAGCACCUGCUACUAUACCUGACUUGGGGUAAUUACAAAAUUCAAGGUUCCAAAGAAUGGCACUAAGUUAAUUAAUAGGUAAUCAAACAUUUGGAUAUAAUACAAUACAGCAAGCUGACUUAGCCUUUGCAUAACAUUAUCGCUGUCUGUUUGGGAAUAAUUCCACUGUGGAAUCGCUACGUAGCUUUUUCCUUUGAUUUCUCACUUCAUCACACAGGAAUCAGCAGGUCAAGCACUGUGCCAGAAACUCAGGAACGUAAUUCAAGUCGUUUUCUAAAAUGGAGUGCACAGUUGAACCUGCCCAGGUAACCCAAAGCUGCUUCUCUGCUGCUCCGUGCUCUGAGAUCCAGGAGACAGUUUGCUGCGUGUAUUUAUGAAAGAGGAGCAUCUCCCUUUUGCUGUUAAGUGAGAUAACGAAGUCAAGUGGAAAAGUGCUAUUUACCAUAUAAUAAAAAACCCAGCUAUUGUUCAUAGCCCUGAAAACAUAAUAAUAAAUAAAACCUCGUAUUUCAGGCUGUGUAAA